AGUCUGUUUUAGGUACCACUUUGUUUUCCACUAAAUUUUUAGUUAUAUUCAUUAUAAUUUACCUAUAAAUAUCUGCUUUAAAAUGUGUUGCGUAAUCUUAUCAGCGUGUGGCAAACAUGUUUAUGGCAGGCGUCCACCUAAAUGAGUGAUGUCCAACAACCAGCACCACAAAAGAAAUGCAAGCCCGCGCGGCGUCAGUGUUCGAUCUACCAGGUUCAUUACGGCCUGCAGAAGCAGGUAGAGGAGACGGCCAAGCCUCUACCGAGACCAAUGGAUUCGCUGGACAUUCAGCAGUAUGGCCUGCAAGUUGCGGGACAUAUGAAGACUGAGAAUCAAAAAUAUCAGGGGGUCCUACAAUGCAACAACGGAACAAUCCUCAAACCCAUAAUCAAAGAGACACAAAAGCGCGAAGUCGACUUCUACGAAACACUGAAAUCGUCCAAUAAUCCGGAUCUCGUAGAACUGAGAAGUUUUACAGCGAAAUAUGAUGGCUGUCGGAAGUUUACCUACAAUGGCUAUGAACAGGACUACAUUGUGCUGCAAGACCUGGCGGCGGGGAUGUUGGAGCCUUGUAUUAUGGAUGUCAAAAUUGGCAGAAGGACGUGGGAUCCGUUAGCAUCACCCGAGAAAAUAGUAUCUGAGCAAAGCAAGUACGCGCUGUGUAAAGAGCAGUUCGGGUUUUGCAUACCCGGGUAUCAAGUCCACAAAGUAUGUUCCGGACGACUGUACAAGUAUGGCAAAGACUGCGGGAAGAAAUUACACGGGACUCUGGUCAAAGGUGGUAAAUACUGGCAGGACACACUGGUUGAAGACCUUAGUCUUUAG